UUAGAAACAUUCACAAAUCAUUCUCGACUCUUGUCAAAUUAAAUCGUAUUUUCAUGUAAAUAAUAUAUUGUAAUGUUUUGUGUAAAUAGUUAAAUAAACAGAUGAAAUAAAGUGAAUAAAUAAAUAGUGUUCAGUGUUAUUAAGGACGUCAACUUCGUAAACAUUGAUGGCACGUGAUGACACGCAGCAAUGGGAAGACGAUGAUCAGCUAUAUUCCAGUAGAGAUAGUGAUGACAGUCCCUUAUUGUCAUACAGAUAUGACAGAAGUAGAAGAUAUGCACCGUACAGUAGAGAAAUUAAACCGGAGAGGGAGAGGCGGUGGCCGGUGACGGUGAUAGCGAAGUUCUCACUCUUCAGCACCGCCAUGAUAUUGUUUUGUGUUUUAAUGUAUAUACCGGUGUAUAAUAGAGCCAACGACCAGAUGCCAAAAGUAGCCGUAGCCGGCUGGUCGAUACACACGAACAGAGAUACGAAAAUAUACGUCCAACCAGACAACGUGACCACGAUACACGAACCGAAGGACGUGUGUCCCAAGAGCAGUAGAAAUAAAAAAAACAAUCUCUUCCUUCUCGUUGUUGUGUGCUCGUCCACGAUACAUUUCGAUAGGCGCAAUGCGAUACGAGAAACCUGGGGGAAUUACAGGAACUAUCUGAAUUCGUCGAAGAUUUUCCACGCCGCUCGCGAGAAAUACAAAAACUACAAUUACACAUACGAUUUGUACAGUGAAUCUAAUAAUACGGUCGAUAGAAAGAAACGCGGCAUCGCCAGCUUUGGCCAGCUACUGCCGGAAUUGGCGAAGGCAUUGAAAGAUAAUAUAGUCACCGAUGGACCAGUUGAGAAACGCUUCGAAGACGAGAGCGAUGAGAAAAUGUUGCCAGAAUUCGAUAUGAACAAAGAAUUGGGUGAAAAUGACGAUGUGGAUUACGAUUAUGAAUCUAAUAUAAUGAAAAUACCACCGAAAGGCUAUGAGGAUGAUAUCGAUUUGGACAAAGUCAUUGCGAUGUUGAAGAACGUGAAAGAUUUCCCGAAAGAGGAGAUACUUGAAGAAGACACUGGCAACACUGUGCCCGAUUACAAAGUUGUGUUUUUAUUGGGGUUGCCAUCUAGUGAUAAUAGUAGUGAUAUCCAGGAUAAAAUAGACGAGGAGGUAGAAAAAUAUGGUGAUGUAAUCCAAGAGGGAUUUAUUGAUUCUUAUAAUAAUUUAACUUUAAAAUCAAUAAUGAUGCUGAAAUGGGUUACGAAUAAUUGUAAUGAAAGUGUCCGCUACAUCCUGAAAACGGACGAUGAUAUGUAUAUAAAUGUGCCAAAUUUAAUAAGUAAUUUACGAAACCGAUCGAAGAUACACGACGGGAGCGGACGCGGGGAGAAGGAGUACCUACUGAUCGGCGAUCUCAUCUGCGGGGCGAGACCCGUCCUGGACACGAGUAAUAAAUGGUACAGCCCCCGUUACAUGUACGGCGGCAGCGUGUACCCGCGGUACCUGUCCGGUACGGGGUACGUGUUCUCGGCGCCGGCCGCGCUCGCGCUGUACCGCGCCGCGCUGCGGACCAGCUACUUCCACCUGGAGGACAUCUAUAUUACUGGCAUAUGCGCCGCGCGCGCCUCGCCGCGCGUGGUGCCGCGCGACGAG